GGAACUCUACGCCACACACUUUUUUCUGAAUCUUCGCGAAGAACUCUUCUACUUUCUACCAUUCCUGGCAGGUGCUGAUAAAACGUGUUCAUUGCACAAAAUGAAAAUCAGAAUUGUUUUUUGUAUUAUGUGCAUAUGGAUUUUUAAAAUAAAACGUGUAACGACUCGUGAUUUAGAUGUUCAUUCCAAACUGGAUAAAUAUCUCAAUGACCAACGUGAUGACAUGAAUAGUGUUUUUCAAAAACACCCUGUUCGCAAAAGAGGGGCUAAUGAUAUUGAGAGAGGAGCUACGAAAGUAAUACCAAUAGAUAUUACAAUUAAAGAUUCAGCUAUCCUCCUCUUUUCACUCAAAGGAGAUGUGUAUGUCAUAAAAUACCAGGAACUCUUCAAAAUAGAUAAUAAAACAUUCAGUCUGGAUCCAGUAGGGAGAUUCAGCAGACUUGAAAAUAAUGAAUACGUUUCAUAUGCUAAAGGAGAUCAAUUCCUAUUUGUACGAACCCAGACCGGCAAUACUCACAUUUACAGAAUCACAGAUAAAGACAUAGUUUUCUUGCAUUCAAUCUACCUGCCUCAUUUCAAAAACUGCAAGUUUUUCACCCAAGACGAAAAUUUAUAUUUGGCUGUGAUCAGUAACGAACGGGACAAUUUGGGUGACUUGGUAAUCUAUAUGUGGAUAGGAACUCACUUCGAUGAAAUAUCUACCAAAAAUAUAAGGAGUGCAGUCGAAAUAAACGUACAUCCAAAUAUAUGAAUUCUACAACAGCAAUCUAAGAAAACUCCAGUACGUCCCAGUUAAUGAAAAUUCCACACAUCUUGAAGUAUUCAAAAAAGAUAAUCGACAACAUUUAAGUAUUUAUGAGACAUCAGGCAACCACUCUGUAUAUUUCUGGGAAGUUUCACAUAUAAGAAAAUCCUUUAAAUUCACAACGGCAGCUAAUAGUACUCAUGGCAAGAUUUUGAGAGUUGAUAACCGAUCAAUAAUGAUAAACCCGCAGCUGAAUAAACUGGAAGUAUACUACGUAAAACCAGGAAAACUUAAUCCGAUACCAGUAUCGACAUACAUAACGACCUUCUUGGAUAUUCACUCUAUCCAUAACAGAGAAAAUAAUGGAAACAUUACGAGCUUUGUCGUCGGAAAGAGCAUAGAUAACAGCGUGGUUAUCCAAGUCGUAUCUUUCAAAAUAAACUCAGACGGAACAGAUUCUGAAACUGAGGAAGUUGAUGUCAUAAGGAAGUGUUUCAACAGCUUAGAGGGAAGAGCAUAUAGCAUGAAAUUAAAGCUCGCAGAAACCGAGCUUGUAGGAAUCAAACCAUCACAUGAAGUUGAUGAGCUUGUCAGUCAAAGCCUCACAGCAGAAGCGGAUAUAGACACACUUAUAUUGAACAUAAAGGAAACACUGAAAAAACAGCAAGAUAGAAUAAGCAAAUAUAAUUCUAGUGAUGGAAAUAACUUGAUUAUUAAUGGAAAUGUGACAUUUGCGGGUUCCGUAACCACUAAUAAACUAAAAGCCAAAAAACUAGAUUUCCAAAGAGUUAACGGCCAGAAGUGGGUACCUCAGGAAUGGUUGAAAUACAAAGAACCUCAGACUAUCACCGGUCCAGUAAAAAUAGAAAAUAUCACCGCGACCAAUUUGUAUACUUCGGAAAAUGACGGUCUAUUCAAAGAUAUGUUGUUAAAAGAUGGCGACCAGGUAAUCUCAGCAGCUGUCAAACUGAAAAGUUUAAAAGCAAAUAAUGGUAUUAGCACAGAUGCAGAUGAUAAAGAUAUCAUUGAAAAUAAUAACCAAAUCCUGCAGAAGUUCGUAGAACCACUUUCUAUACCAGACGGAAAUGUCGAAAUAGAAAAUCUAUUUGUUGAAGAAAUCAAUGGUGUAAACUGGAAUGAAUUUAUCAAUUCCGUCUUUGUAGUAGGAAACACAACUCAUAUUGAUGGUCCUCUGUUUAUCUCUAAGCUGAAAACUGGAAACCUCACUGUGAAAACUUUGAAUGGAAUACCAGUAGACAAGUUCCUGACGACUUCUACGGAUCAAGUAAUUAAAUCGAACAUAAGUUUCGAUACAAUAUUUGUGAAAAAUAUCAAUGUUAACAUUACAAACGGCAUUAGAUUAUCAACUGAUGCUGUCACUUUUGAAGACACCGUCAUUGGUCCUAUCACGAUAGAUGAACUCAACGUACUGGACACUCUCAAGGUCGCCAGCAAAUUGAAUGAAAGCUUAUUUAAUAACAUAGAUGGCGAUACUUUAGAGCCAAAAGAAAAGGGCCUUCAGCAUUACACAGGGAAAGUUAAAAUCAAAGGGAACCUGUACCUUAAAAACCUGAAAACUCUACCCAGAACAAAAAUAUUGGUGUCGGAUCAUGAAAUAAAUCCCGAUAUAUCCAAAGUUUAUUGGACUAAGAGCACAAGACAGGAAAUACCAGUAAACGUAACCUUUCGCAAAGGUCUUACCAUCCCCCACCUGUUAACUGAAAAUUUGAAUGGCAUCCAGUUCGACCGAUACUUGACUACAAGCAGUGAUCCGAAAUAUGAAACAACAUAUGUCUUUGAUAACGUUGUUGUGUUAGGAAAUGUAAAACUUAGCAACCUAGAUGCAGAUCAUCGGCCCAACCUGACAAAAAUUGAUCAAGAAGCUGUUAAAACCUCAGGGGUCUUCAGUAUACGCGGUAGAAAAAAAUACCCGAAGUCACUGACAGUGAAAAACCUUGUCGCUGAAAAUAUAGGCGGAAUAGACACAUCUAAUGCCUUGCAUUCCAAAAUGUCUAACGUGACAAUUAAAGGAAAGAAGAGAUUCGAAACUCUAACAGUCACGGGCAAUUUAACACUCGAGAAAGAGAAUAAGGUAGAUCGCAUCAACGGUGUAAAACUUAAAGAAUUUUCCGAAGAUAUCAUUUAUAUUGAUCGUCCCGAAAACAUUACCAUGUUGAACUUCAACAAAAUCAAAGCUGAAAACCUUCAUGUCACAAUGUUGAACGAAAAACCAAUAGAACAUCAUCAAAAGACACUGGAUAACAUCAUGGAAAAAGGUGAAAUUAACAAACUUAUCAUCGGAAGCAAUUCAACACUUGACACGCUUCAGAAUGUUUCAACAAUAAAUGGCAUAACGUUUCAAGAUUUGGAGAGAAGCAUGAUGAAGAUUGGGGAGCAUAAACUGAAAGGUGACAUAAAAUUCCGUGGAAAGGUCAGAGUCAAUAAUCUAAUCACUGCUUUUGUAAACGACAUAAAUCUUAAGCAACUGAUGCCUAGAAUUCUGUGUAAGAAAGGGAAUCAAACUAUUACGGCCCCUUGGUCAUUCAAUACCAUCAAGACAAAGAAUUUGGAAACACCAUCUAUAAAUGACUACGACGUUGAAAAUUUGAUAGACGUCUCUUCCGAACAGCCUCAGUUGAUGUUCAGUCCCGGUAGUACUGAAUUCACAGAUCUGGUAACAGCUAAAGCUAUUGAAGCUCCAAAUCUGAAGCCGUGUUCUUUGGAUGAUAUUGUGGAGUACAUCAACAACCCACCUACGCAAGAGUGGCAACAUAUUCAUGUGCGAGGAAAUGUCACAAUUUUGGAUCCCGAUAGUCUCAUAAAUAGAAUCUUGACUAAAACUGCUAAGAAGGAUCAAAUCAACGUGAUACAAGCCAUGGUGACAUUUGCAUCUGGCAUUGUAGCGAAAAAUAUCAACACAUCUAUUGAUAUUAACAAUGUUAAUUUAACGGACAUUAUCAAUGAUGCAGUAUUCUCAGAAUCUGAAGAAACUCAGCGUAUUUCUGGCCAAAAAUGGUUUAAGUCUGUCAAAGCGUCUUGUGCAGUAGUUCUAAAAAAUGCAGAUAUACCAUUGGUGAAUGGAGAAGACAUUAGAAAGUUGAAUGAAGACAUCGUCAACAAAGAAAAUGUAACUGAUGGCAAAAUACGUGGUAGAAAAACUUUCUUUGGUGGGCUUAAAACUGAAAACCUUAACGUCAAAGUUCUAGGAGAUGUCCAACCAAAAGACAUAGUGCUAGUAGAUGCUAAGGAACCAAUACCAAGUGCAAUAUUUGAAUAUGUGGAAAUUGAGUCAAAUCUGGAUGUCGGAAAUAUCAAUAACAUCAGCCUCCAAAAGGUUUUAGACAACAGAAUUGUGCUAAACGAUCCUAGACCACAGAGAACUGAUGCCGUAGUCUAUUUUGAUGACCUCAUAAUAGAAAAUAUAACCACAUCAACAAUAAACAAAGUGACGGUUGAUGACGUGGUAUUUGAUGUUGGAGAACAGACUGUCAUGGGCAAGAAGAAUUUCGUGAAAGACGUUGAAGUAUUUGGGAAUGUCACCACGGACUUGAUAAAUGGUCUCAACAUAUCGCAGGCCUAUCAGAAUUCAGUUAUGUCCAACAAAAACAUCAUAGUGAAUGGAAGUAUAGUAAUGAAAAAACCAUCACAUAUAGCUGGGCCCAUUCAGACACAAGCAAUAAAUUCUUGUCCGGUUGGACUUAUAAAGGACGUGAUACGUAAACAAACGCCCGAACUAGCUGCUAGAGAUAUACAAGAGAUCAAGAACAAGAUUGUUGAGAAUAUUGAGACAACCUUACCCAUCGCUCAAGCCCUGCCAUCUGAGUUCAUGUAUUUGGAAACAUCCAAAAGCCUUCAAAUUCACGUGCCAAACAGUAGACAAACAAAGGUUGUGCAAGCGAAAGAUUACGUUCUGCUCCAAAUAACAGGAGAGAAACCUGGAGCUCAUUGCUCAUUGGCUGAUACGUGCAGAUGUCCUGUACAUCAUACCUUGGAGAUAUCACCACAAGGAACUGUGACGGACAUGCCUACCAAGGGUGAAAUGAGGGUGUUCAGUUAUGAUGAUGAUACUAUGAUCAUCCACUUCCUUUCGAAUAGCUUGAGCUAUAAUAGCACAUGCAGGACUGAAGAAAGCAAAGUUUUCAACGAGUACUCCGCGAUGAGUUGGAACACCUACAACACUAGCACAACUACUGCGGGCUUCCAUCAGCAUGAAGCUAUUUUCAUGGGAUAUAUUCGCAAAGUGGAGUUCUUCUCUCUACACGGGAAAACGUACGCUAUUAUUGGAACAUUCUAUGAUCCGAUAUUAGACACUUACGAUCUUAACUGCAUAGUAUUAAAGUUUGAAGGUGCUAAGACCAAGGCUGUUGAGAUACAACGAAUACCAACACGAGGAGUGAGAGAAGUAUUUGCUCUCCAUACAGCCCAAGGAGUGAUACUGGUGAUUGGCAACUCUAAGGAGUCAGAUUUGUAUCACGAAGAGGAGGAAACUCACAUUCUUAGGUUCGAUGAGUUUACUGAACAGUUUGUAAACCUAAGAAGUCUUCCAUUUGGCUGCAUUCAAGCAACAGGGGUAGUUUUCGGUGCUGACAGCCUUCUAAUACUCGCACAUAAGACUAUGCCUGUACAAAUUCUGAAAUACUAUCCAGAAUAUGACAACUACUACUUUUACCAGAAUUUAAACCAGAUUCAAGCUCCUGUAGUGGGGAUUUCUUCGUUCUACACCGGAGGCUUUGGGAUCAGUGAUGCUUUCCUUUGUGUGGUGACCAUUGACGGUGACGUUUACAUCUACUCAUUCAAAUUUAUAGUGGCUUGGAAUCUAGAGAUUAAAGUGAGAAUAGAAGGAGCUACUGGACUUGUCCCCUUUGAACUUAAGGGCGAAAGUUUAUUGUUUGUUUCUUCAACUAGAAAUAGUUCGAUAUUGACUGUUGUUAAAAAUGGGCCUAACUGAGGGUUCUGUAAUUUAUUAUUGUUAUAUUUAGUAUGUGUUAACUAUGUUUUAAUAGAUUCGUAUAUAUUUUUAAGCAU